GAAGAAGAAGGGUUUUCACAGUAUUUGGAUGUCUUCAUAAACAAAUCUGCCUAAUAGCCCUUCCUUUCUCAUAGAUCAUCUCGCCGUUCAUAUGCGCCAACAAUUGCUCCUUCUUCUUCCAGGAGAACCACAGAUGGAAGAUCAUCCACAACCACAAACAAUGUGGCAAAAGAUCUCAACAUACAGAACAAUGGUUUAUGAUGCUUAUAUAAGCAAGCCAACCUCCCACUGGAUUCUCCUCCUCCUCAGUUCUGCAUCGAUGCUCGUCGCGUUCCCCGCUUCCAGCCUCUUUUCCCGCAUUUAUUUCGCCAACGGCGGGAAAAGCAAGUGGAUUAUGUCGUGGGCGGCGGUGGCCGGUUGGCCCAUCGCCGCCCUCAUCUUAGUCCCCAUGUACCUGUUUCUCGGAAUACACCCCACCCCGCUUGACCUGAGGCUGGCAAUCUCUUAUCUUGUGUUGGGAUUCUUGAGUGCUGCCGAUAAUCUCAUGUAUGCUUAUGCUUACGCUUACCUCCCCGCCUCGACCGCCGCCCUCGUUGCGUCCACGUCACUGGUGUUCUCUGCAUUUUUCGGGUUCGUCCUCGUGAGAAACAGGAUCAACGCGUCCGUCGUCAACUCGGUCGUGGUCAUCACGGCCGCCAUGGUCAUCGUGGCGCUCGAUUCCAACUCGGACCGGUACGGGCACGUCACGAACCGUCAGUACGCGAUGGGCUUUUUGUGGGACAUCUUGGGGUCCGCGCUCCACGGUUUGAUAUUCGCGCUAUCGGAGCUUGUCUUCUUGAGGUUGCUCGGCACGAGAUCUUUCCACGUCGUGCUCGAGCAACAGCUGGCGGUGUCGCUCGUCGGUUUCGCGUUCACGACAGUCGGGACGGUCGUGUCCGGCGACUUCGGGCGGAUGAAGUCCGAGGCCGCAGGUUUCGCGGGCGGGGAGAGUUGGUAUUAUCAAGUGAUUGUCUGGGCGGUUCUGACCUUCCAAAUCGGCGUUCUCGGUAGCACGGCGGUCGUCUUCCUAGGGUCCACCGUGCUCGCCGGGGUCCUGAAUGCCAUAAGAGUGCCGAUCACGAACAUCGCCGCCGUUGUACUGUUGAACGACCCCAUGAGUGGUUUCAAGAUCAUCUCUCUGGUUAUCACAUUCUGGGGUUUUGGGUCUUAUAUAUACGGCAGUUACCCCAUGAAGGGGAACAACAUAAGCCCACAGCAAGAAACAUUAUGAAAUUGUGAAACACAUCUUCAAUUCAUUCUUAAAAUUGUAUUUGUAUUUUGUAAUAUUAUAUGCACCCACGUUGAAAUUAUUGAAAUAUUAAUAAGAUUGUUAUCAAAUA